CAAUCUGUAAGGAAGUACAAAGUUUCCGUUAAGAGACACAGCUACCUAGUGACAUCUGCUUUUUGCAGCUGCUGGAUAGCGCUGUGUAGGCAGCACGUCCCUGACAGAGCUACCUGGUAAGAAACAAGUGAUUCUGCACCCUUAGAGCAAAGAAGCUUCUUCACAUCAUCUCAGAAGAAAGGAGGAGAAAAGGUAAAUGGGGAAAAAAACAUGAGUCCUUCAAGUACAGAAUUCUUUAAAUUUGAAAUCACAACCUUAUAUGACUAUUACGAUAGUUAUAACGAUGCUCCAAAACCGUGCAAUAAGGAAAGCGUCAAGAGGUUUGCAGCCUCCUUCCUACCUGUUCUGUACACCCUAGUAUUCCUGGUUGGGCUCAUGGGAAACAUCCUGGUCAUUGUGGUCCUCUUCAAAUACAAGAGGCUGAAGAGCAUGACUGACGUGUACCUACUAAACCUUGCCAUCUCAGAUUUGCUCUUUGUUUUAUCCUUGCCAUUCUGGUCUUUCUCAAUAGACCAAUGGCUUUUUGGAACUCCCUGGUGUAAAAUCAUUUCAUGGAUCUACCUGGUUGGGUUUUACAGUGGGAUAUUUUUUAUUAUGCUUAUGAGCAUAGACAGAUACCUGGCAAUUGUUCGUGCAGUGUUUUCCUUGAAAGCAAGGACUGCCUUCCAUGGCUUGAUUACUAGCCUUGUUGUAUGGCUAGUAGCUCUUUCAGCCUCAGUUCCAGAACUUGUAUUUAGAGAAUCUUUUAACGAACAUAAUUAUACUACCUGCAAGCUGAGAUAUCCAGGCAAUGUCACGACAUGGAGACUUUUUUCCACUUUGGAAAUCAACAUUUUAGGGCUCCUAAUCCCUUUUAUAGUUAUGACAUUUUGCUACUCCAUGAUCAUUAAAACAUUAGCUCACUGUAGAAAUGAGAAAAAGAAUAAGGCUGUGAAGAUGAUCUUUGCUGUCAUGAUCGUGUUUUUCUUCUUUUGGACCCCUUACAACAUUGUUAUUUUCCUACAACUGCUGGAAAUUACAGGAGUCAUUAGAGACUGUCAAGUGAGCAGGAGUCUGGACUAUGCUUUCCAGGUAACGGAAAUCCUUGGCCUUUUGCACUGUUGUUUCAAUCCAGUCAUCUACUUCUUCAUGGGGGAAAAAUUUAAGAAGUACCUGAAGAUGCUCUUUAAGAACUGGCGGUUACCUGGACAUAUUUGCAAGUGGUGUGGAGUUCACAUCACUUACCACACUGAAUCUACCAGUUCAUUCCACACACAAUCUACGGGGGAUCAAGACGCUCUGUAA